UGGAGCACACUCUGCAGGGCGGCGUGUCUCUUUAAAGGGACGGUGACGUUCGGGACGGGCUGCCGCAUCUGGACCGACCCAGCCCGGACCAGAACCACAUCGGCCCAGUCUGCAGAGAGGAUACGGCUUCGGUUCCGGUGGGGGGUUCGGGCCCGGGAUGAGACACUACACGGCCACUCCGAGCGAGGCGGGCGGCUGCGUGCCGUGCUGCCAAGUUUGCGUCUUUGCUUUUACCGCAUUUCUCAUCGUUGCGGAGAGAACGGCGCUGAUCUACUGUUUCGUGUACUACCUGUGGGUGGGUCACAACUACUGCUAUGCCUACCUUGCUGGUUUCACAGCACUCUUCUUGCUGCCAGGUUGGGGUCCACAGUGGCUCAGUUAUCUGUGGUACCUGUCAGACGGACGAAUCUCCCGGAAGUCUCUCAGAUGGACACACAUUUUGCACUUAGGCAUCUUCAAAAGCCUCGGUGUGUUUUGCAGUGUGUUUAUUGUCUCUGGCCUGGGCGUUGGUUCUCUACGCUCGAGCCUGUUCCCUCAUCAGACCAGGACACUUACAGAUGACACCGGCUGCUAUUCUCUGUCGACUGCUGUGGAGGGUCAGCAUGUUGGGAUCCAGGUUUGCUGUGCUCAUGCUCUUCACACGUAUCUUCAAACAGUGGGUCCUGGGAGUCAUCGGCGUGCACUGGCUGGGCGCUACUUUCUGGAUGGUGUCUCAGCAGACCGACAUCAUUCGCUCAACAAGUCGAUGGAGAUUUUUCAACCUCGUCCUCGGAGCCAUUCACAUCUUUCUCUUCCUGAAUGUGAAGUACGGACAGUCCAGAUACCGCAUGGCUGGGUUUUACCUGGUCAUGUUUUUAGAGAACGCUUUUCUCCUUCUGGCCUCCUCCUGGUUGUUUGCCAUGGUGUCCUGGGACACUGUGGGUAUUCCAGCUGCAGUGUUUUGCAGCUUCGUCAUUGGAGUGAUAGCACUGGUGCUGUACUACCGAUUCCUGCAUCCAAAGUCUUUUGAGAUUUUCCAGAGUAUUCGUCACAGGGGGAUAGGCGGAGCCUGCAUGGAGCGUGGAUCUACUCUCUCUCUUGAGGAGAAAGUUGCGCCCACCUUCCAUCGCCAUGCCACACUGUCUGGUGGUGGGACCCUCAUGGACCUUCCUAUCCAAUGGGAAGGUUGGAAGCAUCACCACUGGCUGCUCAUUCGCUUGGCUCUUAAGACGGGAAAUGUCUCGAGGAUCUGGUCUGCGUAUGGCGAGGGGGGUCUGGCCGGACUGAUGGGUCUUUCCGAAGAGCUUCACUCCCUUGAUACACAUCAUGUUCCACGGGUUCUACCUCCUCAACCUCGGGUUCUUCAGAUCUCACAUCCAGUUCCUCAACCUGGUCCUCCACCAGCUCCACCACAAGUGACCCAGGCUCCACAGGUGAGGGAAGUGGUCCAGCCUCCAAAACCAGCUCACUCCAGCAUUGUGGCUCGGCCUGUAAGAAGAGCUCCGCCCACAACCAUCCAAGACAUGAGACGGUUUCCAGAGAUCAUCCCGGUCCAUGAGAUCAUCAUUCCCGAAGAGACUGCAGAGGAAGAAUCCAGUGCGCCGCUCUCAGAUGACAAAGGUGAUGAGGAGUUUCAGAGCGCCGCUUGUGGCUCACCGUCGCUUUCAUCUCCACAACGAGCUGGAAGCCUCCGUCACAUCGACAGCAAUGUCGCAUCUCUGACAGAGGCGUCCUCCUCUGUGGGGUCUCUGGACAUCAAGACCCCCGGCUGGUCACCUGAAAGGCACUCCCCUUUCCUUCUUGGCUCCCCGGAGCACAAGGCGGCGCUCCCUGUAGAAUCCAGCACCGCUCUGUAUUUCAGCACAGACGCACCAUCACCUUCCAGCGGGAGCUAUCUUGGCUGGGGCUCGGAGCUGUCGCCCAUCUCUGCCUACCGAAGCCCCUACCGGAUCAGAGAAGCCCGCUUCAUCACAUCCACCCCACGACUGGAGCCUCGAGGUGGAGCUGAAAGCCCUGGUCCAUCUCCUGUCGUUGUUAUCCCUGCCACACCGGGCACAACACCGGGUACUACUCCAGGUGGGACGCCUGGGGCCACCACCCCUUCAGCUUCGACCCCCGCAGCUUCGACCACCGCAGCUUCGACCCCCGCAGCUUCAACCCCUGCAGCUUCGACCCCCGCAGCUUCGACCCCCGCAGCUUCUACUCCUGGUGCCGCUACGCCCGGUACUCCGAUUGUUCCUGUCACUCUAGUCUCCUCCCCUGCUCGCAAACAGAUGGUGCAGUUUGUGGACUUUAGGGAGAAUCUGAUCUAAAAAGCACGAAGUCAAUAAAAAGAAAUUCAUCUUUUUCA